AUGAAGAGCGUUGAAGAGAAAUACGUGCCGCUUGUUCUGACCAACCUGUCCAUGCUGAAGGAGGAUACAUACACAGCAGGCCAGGAGGCGGAGGCAGCGGAUAGUCCUGGAUUUAUAGGCGCCAGCAAUUUUAGGAGCAUUGGAGGCAUAUUUGGGCUAUCAAACCCUACCGCGGAGGGGAUCCACAACAUAGUGAGCCACCAUAAGAACCGGCUCAUUUGGAUAAACCUCCGGGAAGAGCCUGUUGUUUUUAUAAAUGACCGCGCAUUUAUUUUGCGGGACAUGAAGGACCCUUUUUCCAGCAUCAAGUCGUUCACAGGAUGCACAUACAAGCGGAUGGAAGAGGUUGAAAACCGGCUUAAGAAGGACAUCAUAGGGAUGGCCAAGGCGUCAAACGGAAUGAUAAAAGUGUAUGCAGAGAAGAGCCCAAAGUCUCUUCUGGCCAACAGCAUGUCGGUGCGCAAGGUUGAGACAGCACGCGACCUGUUCACGCGGAUAGAGGGCGUGUGGUACUACCGGAUUCCAAUGGGGAGGAUAAGCAGCCGGGAGUUUUUUGUGUCGGAGCUGGACAGGAUUCUCUGCAAGCACCAGGCGCCAGGCCAGGGCGUGCCCGAGUGCGCGAUAGGCUUUGGCUCGGGGUACUGCCAGGACGACGUGCUGCAUGGAAUGAGCGCAUGCCUUCUGCGAAGCGCCCUUGUGAACAAAGUGCCCAUCCAAGAAGGCGCCAAGAUCUCUGGGUUUGCACACGUCAUUCGGGUCCUGGAGAAGGCCCUGGAGAAGAGCGGGCAAAGCUUGGCAGACUUUCUUGUGAAGACAGGGAACAUAUUCCCUGCGCUAGAGAAGGCUCUGCUGGGAAACUACGAUGUUGUCGACAGAAUGAUACACGCCAUGAAUAUGCCGGACAUAAAGCACAAUGUAAACACGGCCGUGUCUGCGCUAAAGUACAGGCUUUUGCCGUCCCUGCUGGAAAACGUGAUCGCAUUCCAGUGCACAGAGUCUGUAUGCUAUCUGAAAAAGUCUGCGAACGCCCUGGAGAGAUAUGUCUCGCUGGUUCUGUAUGCGCUGUACUGCACAGGCCCCAGAAAAGGCACGUUUUCCGAGUGGAUUGCAGAGUCGUCUAUUGCGCAAGGCAUAAUCCACGAAAUAUGCAAGCGCCCCAGCAAAAAGCUGUUCAUGCCCGCUGUGGUGCAGCAAAAGGGCAUUCCAGAGGAGGAGUGGAGCGCCGUGAUUGGGGCAGGGACUGUUCUGCAGGCAGACAGAAAUAUGAACAGCGUACUCGAGAAGCUGUGCAUAGAGAAUGAGCAUGCUGGAAAAGGCGAAGAGAAGGCAAAAACAGAAAAAUGCCCUGCCCCCAAAAGCGAGCAGAGUGUGCUGCUGCAGGGCCUUGCAGGCUCCUUCCCAUGGAGUAUCUUGCAAAUUCACCAGCCAAACACCCACACGCGGAUUCCCAUCGCCGAAAGGCCUCUUUUGUGGAUAAACUUACGCGCCGAGCCUGUGGUGUACAUUGAAGGAACUCCGCACUCUGAGCGAGACAGAGCCCGGCCAGGCAGAAACAUAAAGACGCUUCCCGGAAUAACGGACGAGCUGGUGAACAACCAGGAGGAAAUACUUAUACGAAGAAUCCAAACCGACGGGAGCCAGUCAAUGGGCGAAAUUGUGCUGUUCGCCCCAGAGCAGAGCACAAUAAAAACCAGAAUGACAAACAUACAGCUGAAGAAGGUGCAGACCUGCCGAGAGUUUAUCACUGAAAGCAUCCCCAGGAUAAAGUAUGUGCGGAUUCCAAUGGUGUCGCGCGCAGCGCUGACCCCAAACAUAGUGGACACCCUGCACGGCACGCUCUUCGCCCACAGAAACAUGCCGAUUGUGCUGCAGGCGAGCGGAUACCUGGGCCGAAACCGCACAGUGUACGUUCUUGCUCGGGUGGUUGAGCGCGCCGGCGGAAUGCUUGCAGAAGGAAGCCCGCACCCCCAAGAAAGCCGGCCUAUUAUGAUACGGCCCAUUGAAACGCUAAUCCGGAUCCUGCGCCAGGGAAUUGUGGCCGAGGGAAUCGUGCGGAAUGCCUGGAAAGAGGCAACCGGGGAGGAAAUAUACGACCCAGAGAGCGAGUUCCACAAGAACCCGAACAGCUUGGUGAACUAUUCUUUGAUGGUGAUGGUUGCCUCGUACAUUCUGGAAGGCACAAAAGCCACGUUCCGGGAGUGGCUGAGCGGAAGAAAAGACGCGCAGCACGUGUACGAAAGCAUCAGCGCCGAGGCGAAGGAAAUCCCCGUAGACUCUGCUAAACAGGCAGGCGGAGAAAACAGCGUGCUUCCAGAGAAAGCGAAGGGCGCGGACAGAGAGGUGCCAAGCCAGAACGAAAACAGCGAGGAAGAUCCCGUUUUUAUCCCUCGCCCCUGGGGGCGUGUAAUCACGCCGCACACAAUUCUUAAGAACGACUUUUUCCCUGCUCUGAGGAUACUCCGAGCUGACGCCACGGACAUGAAGGGGUGCUGCAACUUCCGCGCAAUAGAAAGCGCCGGAGACACAAUAGCUGGGCUGGCCCAGCCAACGGCCUGGGGCGUGCACUCCCUCGUGGCGUAUUUCCAGCAAAAAAGCCCUGCGUCUGUGAACUGGUUCUGCCUGCGGCAGGAGCCUGUCGUGUACAUAAACGGGUUUCCGUUUGUGCUAAGAAACACAGACGCCGUGUACGAGAACGUGAUCACAGAAGGGAUAAACAGAAAGUGGGUUGAAGACAUUGAAGAGCGGAUGAAGAAAGACUGCCUUGAGGAGUCAGCGCAGAGCGGGCUAAUUGUGCACAGUGAAGAGGUCCAGGAGGGAAAGAGCAAGCUCGUGUCUGAGGUGAUUCGCACAGGGAAUGUUCUUACGCCCAAGGAGGUCUUUGUCCGAGACGGCAUGAAGUACUUUAGAAUGCCCAUUUCAGACGAGCAGACGCCUCUCCCAGAAAUAUUUGACGAAAUGUACCGCGUCAUUUCCUCCAUGCCCAAGCCCAGGAUACUUGUUUUUUCAUGCCAGAUGGGAAGGGGCCGCACCACCACGGGAAUGAUCAUAUCUCGGCUGAUUACCUUCACAGAGCACCUCGACAGCGUGAGCCCGCAGGAGAAGGCAGAAAUCCUGCUGAAAAAGCGCAUGGGCAUAGUCUACCCGGACGAGCACGAAAUAAUUUCCAGGCUGGUGCAGGUGCUUCCCAUGGGAAGAGAGGGGAAGAACUUGGUUGACGAAAUGAUCCAGGAGUGCGACCACAUCCAAAAUGUUUAUGAGGCUAUUGCCAAGCAAAAGGACAGCGCAGGGUACCUUGCAAGAUACUUCUAUCUACUAUGCUUUGGGUCUUUCCUGCUGGAAAAGGAGGAGCGCACGUUUUCAGAGUAUCUCGGCAACCGAACAGAAAUAGGAGCAAUUGCAAACGAAAGAGAGUACUAG